CCCUUUUAUUUAUUCCUUUGAAGACCUUGCACUGGGAUUAAAUCAUGUCUAGGUAUGAGUGUGUGUCUCUGUGAUUAGAUUAUCCAACCAAUCCUGGGUUAGAUUCAAACUUAUUUAUAUUCAGUAAAGAGUCACUGAAAUAAUUGGAACUUUAUUAUUACUAAUAUAGAAACUGAUUUCAGUGUCUGUUGGAAGUAUGAUUAAGUCUGUAUUCAAUUCUCCUGCUGGGACUCCUUAUUUGAACCACACUAUUUCACCAGAAAAUUAUAGAAGCACUUCCCCUUCCUACCUAGCUACAUCCUAGUCCCCCUCUCCUCUCUGUCUUUUUAAGGACCUUUCAUUCUGUGUAUAGAGAUCUAACUAAUUGGUAGACUUGCUGAGAGUUGAUGGGAGGAAACCUUACUUCUUAAAUAAAGACACAGCAUGAAGCUUAAUGAGAAAACGAGGAUACUGUGAGGCUCUGAUUGGUUCUUUUUUCAGUGUUGCAAAUAAAGAUGUCUCUCGAGUUUAGACUAGGCAUAGAAAAGUUAGUAGCAACCUGGCUGCUUCGUGAACUUGAAUUGGCAAUACAGAAAAGUUUGGGUUUUUGAUUUGGUGGAUGAAAAUGAAACAGUCAUUUUCUCUUUUCCCUUUGCUCUUUGUGAUCUGCUUUUGCACAGGACAAUUCACUUCAGGAUUUCCUCAGACUUUUGCCCGCUAUCAGGAUGACUCAAAUGUUCCUAAAAAUGAGAGACUGGCACUAUGUUUCAGUCAGUGGACAGAACUCUUUGAACAACCUCAGAUUUCCAGUGCACUUUUGGAUUUUUGUAACUCCAUGUUUGACAGCCUGCAGAUAGAUGAGGAAAAUAAUCAGGAAUUGUAUAAAAGAUUUUUAUUUCACUACUCCAGAGCUCAAGACCCAACAUAUCCACUUAAAACGGGGUCAUUCCCUCUGCAUCCUUUAAUGAGCCUUGCUCCAAAGCUCUCGGACAGAAGAAAGAAAAGAUUCCUUAAUCCAGAAUUGCAGAUUGCUGCAGCAGAAUUCAUGAAAAAGGAUGGUUUGGAUGAUUUAGGACGAUCCUUAUUUCUUUUCAGGGUAUUAAUUUUUCUGUUUCCUUUUAUGAAGAAACUUGACUUUGAGUUACAUAUUUGACUUAGAGACCAUAUUUAUAGGUUAUAACAAGUCUAUAAUAAAUCCUACAUAAAUGAAUUUCUGUUCCCCAAAAUUAAAUAGCUAGAAUAUUGUACUAAUUAAAAGCUUAAUGAGGAAUAAAAUAGCCUAGGCAAAAAAACCAAUUAAAAUAUUUCUAAUAGCAAAAUAUAAUUAUGUUUAGGAAGAAGCCAAAAUAAGUAUUACCUUGUAUUAGUUCAAUCCUAAUAUUGCAUUCUCAUUAUUUCAGUGGAAUAAAUGAUAAGGGAGUAUACAAUAGGAUGGUGAAGGAGGGAUUAAUUGAAGCAUAGGCCUAUCUUUCUUAUUACCUAGUGCCUAAUUUUAUUGCAAACUUAGUACAAAGAUUUUUUUUCCCACUGGUAUCUCAUAAGGAAUACUAUCAAGCACCAUCUUAUUAUUCAUUUUCAGCCUAGAAAUGGCAGAACUGUUGAUACUGAUGAACAAUAGGCCACUAGAAGGUGAUUUUUAUUUAUUUAUAAGUAUAAUAUUUCUUUAUUCAUAUAGUAACAUGCUUUGUUUCCUUGGAAAUGUUCUCAUAAGAUGCAGCUUGGAACAAUGUGUUUAUUUAGUCCUUGUAGCAUUUUCAUUGGCCAUUGUAAUCGUCCUGCAUGAAUCAUUUUUAAUAGCAUCAUUUGUAUGAUCUAUAUGAUCAUAUAUAUUAAGGCCAUUCCUACCUAUAAUGUAUUAUUCAUGUUGCUUAUGUCUGUCUUAUUCAUCAGGAGGAGCUGUUGGCACUGCUAUGCUAUGCUUCUCUUUGCUUUAGCAAUAUGCUGGCUUUGUUACACUUCACACCUUUUAUUUAUUUAUUUAAUUUUCUUCUCUCAACAUAAAACUCUAUACCAUAAUCAUUUAUGUGAGUUGAUGUUUUGCUAUGCAUACUUACUACUGAGUAGCUUUAGUCUGUAGAAAGCAGGAUUUCUAAAACCUUCUGUGCCAUAUCGAAACUAAGAAUGCUGCAUGGAAUUGUUAUCAAGUCAUCAGGAGUUGAGCUUCAUUUGAAGAAAGCCUAUUUACUUUAUUGAUGUUAAUUAUUUUUCCUCCUAAAACUAAUUAUUGAAAAUAUGGACCAUUUCCAAAAGCAGUAUAGGCUGAAUCUGGCCCAAGGUGGAUAUAAUUUAGGGGUUCUUAAUCUGACCUUUAAGGAUAUUAAUCCUUAUUUUUUGUAGUCAUGUGUCUGCUAGAACUGUCAUAAAAUUAAGGGACUGAACCACUGGUAUCAAUUCCAAAUAAAAUUAAGAAAUAAUAUGGUUUGAUUUCAGCUCUGCUUUAUGACUUCUAAGCUGAACUCUCCUUCAUAUGCAUAUCACAAUCUUGGUAAACAAACUGAUAUCUCAUCAGAGAUUUCUAGUGUAAAUAGUGGUACUUUUUGAUAUGGAAGUGUGUUUGGAUUAUUUUAAGUAUUUAUAUUCCUCUAAAGCAGACAUGUCAAACUCGCGACGUCAUGUGAUGUCGCGCAACGUAUCAGGAUGGUUUUGCCUUUGCGGCUUUGUGGCUUCCAGAUGACGCAUCCAGCCUGCGGGCCGGCAGUUUGACACCCCUGCUCUAAAGACUGAACAUAUUUUAAAAUGUAAUUCCUUUCAGAUUUCUACAGAAGAUAUAUCCAUGUUUGGCUGAUUUGCUCCAUCAGUUUAUACUAUGAAAAAAGAUGUAUGUCUAUGAAUUUUAAGAAAGAUUGUUCUGUAUCAUGU